ACGCUCCUUCAGUUUUGCCCUAACCUUUUGAAUCACCUGUAUGUGUGUGAGGUGAAUAUGAAAUAUUCAUUUAGGGCGUAUGUUUAAAUCUGGGUUACAAAGUCUCACAAAUAUCACGGAUGAGGGAAGACUAAAACAGAAUUUUUGUUGGGAAACGUCUUAGAAGUUGUGUAUUGGGGAGACUGGGAUGUACAGAAGACAAAAUUAAAAUUGAUCUCGGAAAACAAUCUGUUGUAGAGAGCCUAAACUCACUAGCCUUUGGAUAUCUAAUCAUGAACACAUACCACUUAGAGGCCAAAAACCCUUUCAAGCCAAACUGUGUAAAACAAGUGAUUCGUGCCCUCAUUGACAAGGAGCUGGAGGGUGUGAAGUACAACCCAGAAACUUGUACUAGGCUGUGCUUGACCCUGUCUGAAGAAUUGCGAAGUAGGAUCAAGGUUCUAGGGUAUGACCGAUGCAAACUAGUGUGCACAGUGGAAAUCGGAGAGAAAUGUUCACAGAGUGUGUAUUCUGUCCUCAGCUUCCUCUGGGAUACUGAGCAUGACAAUUAUGCUUUCUACACAUAUGAAAACUCUUAUAUAUAUGCAGUGGCAUGCGUGUAUGGGGUUUACUAUGAAUGAUACUGGUCAUCUUCAUACAUCAAUAGAUGUUUCGAUAUUGUCUGAUAUAUUGUAUUACAUUUACUCAUUAGCAAUAUCUAUAACUAUAUUUUUACAUUAAGU